CAGGAAUCGUAGGCGCCCGUCCAGAGGCGCCCCUGUGCCCAGCCUCCUGCUGGGGCGCCCCUCCCUGCGUGCCGCUGACCUGCUCAGGUUGCAGACCCCCGGGCCCCGCGGCUCCCUCGCCGGUUGUCGCCGCAGCUACGCUAUCACCUUCAACUGAGCAUAUGCAGGGCAGAAGAGAGGGCUCAGCAGGUAAAGGUGCUUGCCACCAAGCUUGAUGACAUGAGUUGGAUCCCCAAGACACAGUGGAAUUAGAGAACCAACUACUGCUCGUUGUCCUCUGGUCUCCAUGGAAGCCAGACCCUGAACCAUGCCUUCAGUACUGGUGGAUUCUAGGCAGGAGCUCCACUCCCAGGCACACCCCAGCCCCUCACUGGGGGAUUACAGGCUGUCACUCCACCCCUGAGCCACGCCCCUGGCCCCAGACUGUGGGGUUUCUAUGCAGGGGCUCCACUUCCAGGCACACCCCAGCCCCUCUCAUUUUUGUCCUACAUCCCCAGGGUGUGCUUGUGAUCCCCCUGCCUCAGUGCUGGACUCACAGGCUCUGUUUUGUUAACACCUUGCAAGCAGCUUGCCUCCCUACCCCCCCUCCAACUGACGCUGGCCCUGUAGAGGUCGACCUACAGGAGGAUUAGAGGCUAAUCUGGCUGCGGAGGUUCCUAUUCCUGGGGCUGGGAACCCCGUAAGCAGGCCACACCAGAGCUCUCUCCGGGUUCUUCCACGCUGCUGCCAUGGUGUCCCUCUUCUCUGGCCGCAUUUUGAUCAGGAAUAACAGUGACCAGGAUGAAGUGGAGACCGAGGCCGAGCUGAGCCGCCGGCUGGAGAAUCGUCUUGUGCUACUGUUCUUUGGCGCUGGGGCCUGUCCCCAGUGCCAGGCCUUUGCCCCAGUCCUCAAAGACUUCUUCGUGCGACUCACUGAUGAGUUCUACGUGCUUCGGGCAGCACAGCUGGCCCUGGUCUAUGUGUCCCAGGAUCCCACGGAGGAGCAACAGGACCUGUUCCUCAGGGACAUGCCUGAGAAGUGGCUCUUCCUGCCGUUCCAUGAUGACCUGAGGAGGUGAGGUCCCUGGGAAGGCAUCUCUGUGGAAGGCAAGCCAGUGUUUACUGUCCUGGUACUAGAAGCUAGUGCAGAAAGGGGAGGGGGUCCACCCCUCGUCCAUCACAGCCCACUGAAGGGGACAGAUAUGAAGCAAAGGCUCAGGAAAACAUAUGAUGGGAGCUGGAGGUAGUCGCAGGAGUCUGCAAUCCUAGUACUUGGAGAUGAGGCAGGAGAGUUGCUACAAGUUCAAGGCCAGCUCUAAAAACACGAGGUGGGUAUUGUAGCUCAUGGUUGUCCAACCUUGGUGAAGUCAGGCGCACAUCUGCAAUAUCAACACAAGGAAGAUGGAGUCAGAACUCUCCCGAGUUUGAGGCUAGCCUGGACUAGGUAGGGUGACCCUGCCCCCAAACCAAGAAAACCUACCAGAAAUGUAAAAAUAAGAGAGAGGACCCCCCCCCCAAUCCCCAGGAGCUGUAAGACACAAGAGGCGUGGCUUGGAGGGUCCCCAUGGGCACCACUGCACCUUGGAAAGGACAGCUCAGAACUGAGUCAUUCCCAGAGCUCCAGGAAGAGCCAACUUCAGCAGGGAGGGUGGGAGCCAUGGGAAGUCAUAGACCCAGGGUGAGGAGGAGGAGUCAUACAUUUUGGGGAGGAGGGAUGUUAGCUUUUGGUUUUUUGAGAUAUGGUUUCAGUGUGUAGCCCUGGCUGUCCUGGAACUCACCCUGUAGACCAGGCUGGUCUAGAACUCACAGAGAUCCAUCUGCCUCUGCCUCUGCCUCUGCCUCCCCAGUGCUUAAAGACAUGUGCCACUAACAUCACCAGGCAAGGAGUCACUUUGUAAGCAGGAGGCUGAUAGAGGGUUUACAGCUGUGUCUAACUUAGAACUUCCGUUUUCUAUUUAAGGAGAACUCUAAUCACAGGGUUUCAUGUAGACCAGGCUGGCUUCCAACUGGCUGUGUAGCCAAGGCUGACCCUGAACUUCUCCUGAUCUUCCAGUCUCUGCUUCCCAAAUGCUGGGAUGUCAGUCACCACACUAGCCACUUUUAUUUCUGUUUUUGCACGUGUGUGUGUGUGUGUGUGUGUGUGUGUGUGUGCAUGCGCGCGAGCGUGCACACACAUAUACCUGCCCUCAAUCAUGUGUCUUGUUCUGCGCACUGCCCAUGUUCAGGUGCAUGUUGGUGUAUGUUCCCCAGUGUGAGGGUUUGCUCCACCGUAUUUCUUGAGUCAGAUCUCUCACAUAAACACUGAGCUCACAGACAGAGCUAGUCUGGCAGCUCCAAGGGUCCCUUGUCAACCACAUCUACCCUACUUUUGGGCCGUUGAGACCAGAACAUAAGUCCUUAUCCUUGGACAGCAAGUACCUGACCCUCUGAGUUACCUUCUAACUUUGCUUGGUGUUCUGGCUUGGAACUCACAGUAAUCCCCCUGCCUCAGUUCCCUAAGUGCUGGAUGACAAGCACACAUCACCACACCCAGCUUCUCAUUUGUGUUACCAGUAAUAAAAGUCAGAAACCCCAA